AUGGCCUCAGCCAGCAGCCUCUCGUGUGAAGUACAGCUCCGAUGUUCCAUCUGUCUGAACACGUUCACUGAGCCUGUCUCUACUCCAUGUGGACACAACUACUGCAAGACUUGUAUCACAGGGUACUGGUCCAACAAAGACCUGAUACAGUGCCCCCUCUGUAAGAAGGACUUCCACAAGAGACCACAGCUUCAGGUCAACACAGGGUUCAGAGAUAUGGUGGAACAUUACAACAACAUGAGGGUGAGGGGGGAAGAUGAGACACCUGCCAAACCAGGGGAGGUGACCUGUGACAUCUGCCUUGAGCCGAAGCUCAGGGCCCAGAAGACGUGUCUGGUGUGUUUAACCUCGUACUGCCAGCUUCACCUGGAGCCUCAUCAGAGAGUCAAAAACCUGAAGAAGCACCAGCUGAUCGAGCCUGUGUCAAACCCAGAGGACAGAAUGUGUAAGAAGCACGACAAGAUGUUUGAGUUCUUCUGUCGCCAAGACCAGAAAUGUGUUUGUUUCAUGUGCUGUAAAGACGACCAUGUAACACAUGAAGCUGUCCCAUUGGAGCAGGAGUUCAGAGAGAGGAAAGCCCAGCUGGACUCUGUGAUGUCACAGGUAAAAGUAAUGGAAAACACUAAAUCUGGGAAUAUUAAAGAAAUCAAACAUUUUGUCAGACAGAGCAGGAAAGGGUCAGAGAAAGAGAUAGCAGACAUCACUGAGGUUUUCACUGCUCCGGUGGUCUCUCUGCAAAGCAGCCAGGCUGAGCUGAUCCAGGUGAUCCAGGAGAAGCAGAAAGCAGCAGAGAAGGAGGCUGAAGACCGUGCAACACUUCUGAAGCAAGAAGUGGCUGAGCUGAGGGAGAAAAGAUUAGAAAUGAAGGAACUUUUACAAACAGAGGACCACCUCCACUUCCUGCAGAGCUGUCCAGUUCUCCCUUUCCCUGAACACAGUGUCAUAGGUAAAGUUCUGAGCCAGUCUAGCGAUCCAAUAGACCUCUCUGAUAUCAGUCAGCCAAGUUAUGUGAGGAAGGUGAAAAAAGCUGUGGCUCAGAUGGAAAAGACACUCAGUAAUGAGAUGCAGAUGCUUGUUAAUCAGGUCAGGUUAUCUGAUGGCUGUGAGGCUGAUGAACAAUCUGAUACAGAUGAAGAACUGAUGACAGGCGAGUUUGUUACAGAAGAGUGGACUCCACCUCGAGACAAGCUGAUGAUGAUCCAGCAGAACGAUGCGGUGGAUGUGACUCUGGACACCUACACAGGCCACCCCUGGCUUGCGGUGUCUGAGGAUGGGAAACAGCUGAGAUUUCGUGAAGGUCUACCAUCUCUUACUGGUUCAUUUGGAAGAAGGUUUCAAAAUAAACCCUUUGUCUUCGGGAAAGAGGGGUUUUCCUCUGGCAGGUUCUACUACGAGGUUGGGGUCAGUGGGAGUAAAAGCUUUCUCCUGGGAGUGGCCAAAGAGUCUAUUAACAGGGAGAUAUUCUUAGCCUGCCCUGAGGCGGGAGUCUGGGCUGUUGGUAUGUCCAUCAACCAUGAGGGAGAGGCAUAUCUUGAUAUCUCCUGUCGCCGGUACCCGAGGAAAAGACCCCAGACAAUCGGUGUGUUUGUCGAUUAUGAGAAGGGAGAGGUCUCCUUCUAUGACGUGGGUGCCAGGGCUCUGAUCCACUCCUACACAGGAUGUACCUUCAUGGAGAGCCCAUCAGCUCUAAAGUCUCUUCUCUAUUCUAUGGCUGGAGCAUCUGUUAGCAGCAGACCAAAGCUCUACCCUUUCUUUGGUUUCUUGACACCUGGAGAUGAUCCUGACAACAUGCUGGAAAUCACUCCUGUAGCCCCCACACCUCAAGUUCCUCAUAAAUCAGAGGAAACUAAAGUGUAA